UCAAAUUUUCCAUAAAAAAAGACUAUCAAAUUGCAGGUAAUGAUCAAAAGCAAGAGAUAUCAAACAGAUCUCAUUUAAAAAAAAAAAUCAAUUUUCACAGCUUUACUUCCAGCAUAUUUUUCAGAAGAUCUCUGGCUUAUUGGGCUUUAAUGUUCAAUGAAUGUUUGAACUAAAAAGUGUCUCUUUCUCAAUAGCACUGGACUGUAUUCACAGAGGUGACUGAAGUCUUUAUCCUGGUGCCUGCUCUCCUGGGCCUGAAGGGGAACUUGGAGAUGACCCUCGCGUCUAGACUGUCUACCGCGGCUAAUAUUGGACAAAUGGAUACGGCCAAGGAUAUGUGGAAAAUGAUCAUGGGAAACCUCGCACUAAUUCAGGUUCAGGCCACAGUGGUCGGCUUCCUGGCUUCCAUCGCUGCAGUCAUUUUUGGCUGGAUUCCAGAGGGUAAUUUUAAGAUGGGCCAUGCCGUCUUGCUCUGUGCCAGCAGUGUGGCCACCGCAUUCAUCGCUUCUUUGCUGCUAGGUCUUAUCAUGAUCGGGGUUAUCAUUGCAUCCAGGAAAGUUGGCAUCAACCCAGACAAUGUGGCCACCCCCAUUGCAGCCAGCCUCGGUGACCUGAUCACCCUGGCGCUGUUGGCUGGCAUCAGUACUGGCCUGUAUAAGGAGCUUGAGUAACUGCCACAGUCCAGG